AUGGCCAGAGUUUGUUCCGGGUGUGAAUGCAACUAUUUCGAGUUCAUUCAGAAAUUCUACAAAAACAACGAAGCCGCCAUAGCGUAUUUACGAGAUCAUGGAGCGUUGCCUUUGGAGGUCAUCUGCCCUAACUGCAAGAACAUUUGUCGUUACCGAGCAGAGACUCACAGUUGGUACUGCGGUGCCACUAGGAAGAUUCACCACAGGAAGAAGCGGUGUCACUAUAAAGUGAGUGACUAUAAAGGGUCUCUCCUCUCUGGUGUCAAAAUGGAGCCGUACAAGGUCAUUUGUUUCGCUAACCACUGGCUGAGCAAGCAGUGGGAUUAUGAGACCUUGAAGCAGUGCCUAGGCUUGUCGGAGGCCACGGGGUCGGCAUGGCAGAGGUAUUUCGCUGAGGUGACCGAGCACUGGGUGGAUAAUCAGGAGCCGAUUGGUGGACCAAGCGUUGUGGUGGACAUAGACGAGACCUUGUUUGGGAAGAUGAAGCACGAGGAGGGCAAGUCGCAGAGCCAGAUUUGGGUGUUUGGUGGCAUUGAGCGCGAUAGCAAGAACUACUUCAUUGCCCGACUUGAAGAACCAUUAACUGAGAAUCUGAUGUCCUUGAUCCUGAAAUAUAUUCUCCCAGGAACUGUCAUUGUAAGUAACAGGUGA